AUGUUUAAAUGUUUAUCGAAGCAAUGUUUCUCCCACUCGAGUCUGGCAGCUGUUUGUAGCUCUCCAAGAAUACGUCAAGUUGGAAUUUUUAAACAGUUCGAACAAAAUCAAUCGAAUCGGAGAAGUAUUAUUCACAGAGUGAAUCCAUCAUCAUCGGAGACAUCUUCAAUAUGCUCUGCAACAACAUUUCAUCCUUCUCUACCUUCCGACAACACAACAACACGAUUGAUGGGAAUGAGUAAGAAUGAAAUGAAACAACUGUUAGAAAAAACUCAUCCACAUAUUGCAUCAUCAUUCCGAUUGGAUGAAAUUUAUAAAUUUAUGUACAAAUUCGGAGCACGUAAUUUUGAUGAUAUCACCGUGUUAAGUAAAGCCGAUAGAAAAUCGCUCUCGGAAUUUUAUUCCAUUGAUUUGGUUGGAAAUAUUGAGGAAGAGGUUUUAUCAAAGAAAGACAAACACACACGCAAGUUUUUGUUUGCUUUUGAAAAUCCCAAAUUUUUAAAAUCAGAAAACCAACAAAGCGCCCACGCAACAUGCAAAGACCAUGACGCAGAUGUUGACACAAAAACAAUAUCGUCCUCUAAAAAACUUACCAAGCAACAAAAACCAUUUAACAAGGUGGAAGCUGUUUAUAUUUAUCAUCCUCCUAAGGCAACAGAUUAUUUUGGAAGAGGUACGGUGUGUUUGUCAAGUCAAGUGGGUUGCUCUUUAAGCUGUGCUUUUUGUAGAACUGGUACAACACCCAUUGAGAGAAACUUACUUGCCUCGGAGAUUGUGAGUCAGCUUGUGAGUAUCAAACAUCACUUGCAAGAUUUUCCAAUUUACAUGAAUGAAGAUGAGAGAAAGAAAGCCACCACUGAAAAAUCUCUUGUCAACAAUAUAGUAUUCAUGGGGGAAGGAGAACCUCUUUACAAUUACAAAAAUGUAAAAAAGGCAUGUGAAAUUUUGAGUGAUGGAUGCGGCAUUUCUAAGAGAAAAGUUAUUGUUAGCACCUCAGGUGUUUGUAACCUAAUUCCAGAUGUUGUGAAUGAGUUGGGCGUGAAUUUAGCCAUCAGUUUGCAUGCAACAACCAAUGAGCUGAGAGAUAAGCUGGUUCCCUUGAAUAAGAUCUUUCCAAUUGAGGUACUUUUCGAUACAAUCCGUGAAAAGUGUUUCAAAAACAAUACUCGCCACAUUACUUUUGAGUAUGUCAUGUUGGAUCAUGUGAAUGAUUUCAUUGAUGAUGCCCAACGAUUAGUUCAUCUCGUGAAAGAUAUUCCAUGUUCUGUCAAUUUAAUUGCUUUCAAUGAAUGGGAGGGAAGUGGAUUCAAAUGUUCACCCAAUGAGAGAAUUGAAGAUUUUUCCAAAUUUCUUUAUCGCCAUGGAAUUAAUGCUCCCAUUCGAUACAGCAAAGGACAAGACAUAUUGGGUGCUUGCGGUCAACUGAAAAAUAGAAAUGAGAACAAAGAAUCUGUUGUGUUACAAAAGAAAGUGGCUACAACACUAAAGACAUCUAUUUAA